UCUCCAUCGCUUUGGAUAAUAUUUUUAAAGUAGCGUUUUUGGUGUAAUCUUGUUUUCAAGUUUGAAGUUAAUGUUUCAAAUAGUUGAAACAUUAACUUAGGAUAUGCAAAAACAAACCUUUGUAGGUUAUACGCAUGUGCAAAAAGGAACGUUUGUUGUUCUGCUCUUCGGGUGUUAGAAAGUAAACAAAUAUCUGUCGUGUAGACGCUGUUGAAUUCAUAGUUUUAUCUUCAUACGAAUCAGGAACAAAUUGUUCAAAAUGCUACAUUCUGCCUCGGUAAACUUUUUCCUAUUAUCCACCAUAACAAUCGCCAUGACAGUAUGGUCUGCAGACGUUGAUAAGGUAGUGUUUCAAUUUCCCGAGUACGAUUUUAAGGAAACGAGCAAAAAUGAACUUACAUUUCGUGAGUACGAAUCAGCUUGUGAUCAAAGCAACCGAUGCACAGAAUUUGAUGGAAUCGAGCGGACUCGAUGCGUUCGGGAAUGUAUUUCACCAUCGUGCUACCAAGAAAUAUACAAAUUUGAUGAGCUCGAAGAAGGUGAAAUCGAUGUACGACUGAACUCAUUCCGUGCCUGUUUUAUGCAACGUCUCAAUCGCAACCGUGGCUAAAACCGUAUCUAUAUACGCAUCGUUACUUAAGUAGUAUUUGAGUAUUCCUCAUGGCCUGUUUAUUAUUCAGUAUUCAAUCGUAGUACGAGCAGUGGUCCGUUCCUAUCCAUUCUAUCCGGCCGCUACGCGAAUCAAUUAAUUUUUUGCGAAUAAAUAGUGAACUUUAUUAACACA